AUGGCUUCAAAGGACACAAAGGACACAAAAACGGGGCAGCCAGCUCCAAAGCGGCGACGCCGCGCUUUUAACGACUUGUUCUAUCACACGAGUAAAAAGGAUGACGACCUCAACUUUGGCCGUCCGAGCGGCUUUACCGUUAAUGUAGAAGAUCCGCCCAAGCCCGAGCCACCUGCUGCAUCUGGUCCUGCUUCUGACCCUGCUCCUGCUGAAGCGGUCAAAGAGGUAGCAUCCACCAUGGUGUCAGAUGCAAAGCCGCACGAGACUCAGGGCCCAUCUCAGACAGCCUCGGCGAGCAGCAAUAAGCCCUCGACAGCAUCGACCAAGCCUGCCGACCUCACAUUGGAUGACGACGACGAAAUGCUUGAGCCGGCCUCAUACCAGCAACAAUAUCACAUUUCCUUGGUACGGCAACAUCUUCGCGCCCAGCGACAGCAGUUGCAGCACCACCGUCUUUAUCGCCCUGCGGCGCCCGCCGUCGUAGAUCUUGAGACGGAAGAUCCCGAAACACAGACUGGUGCGCUCAACAUGACGCGGUGCGCCAGGCUCAUUCCUCCACAGAGAGGGCAUCCCUCACACACGGCCCGCUGCACGAUCGCACCGCCCCGUAUCGAUAGAUGCCUUGGGCCCAGAGACUUGGCGCAUCGGCUGGACAUGGAUCUGCGCGGUCUCAUCAUGAAGUUUGAAAAUCGAAAAAUUCACCCCCUUUAUACGCCGCGCGAGGCUGGUUUGACCCUAUCCCGCCGACGCAUUGUCAUUGACAUUGACGAUACAAUUCCAGCCAGCUUAAGAACUGAGCCCGGGGCAGUUGCGGGCUCUUCGACCACCCCCCGCCCCGACCCCUCCCAAAAGCUAUACCUUGUGCGCGUUCAAGCCAAAGGUCACAACCAUUCUUUUCGCAUCACGGCGGUUCGUGGCCUCGGCGUGGUGAUUGUACGCUCGUUGCUUCGGUGUGUUCGCAUGACACCAUUGUUGAUGGCUCCUUUCUUGCAUCGACAGACAACACCGCUGGGUCGUUUGCGCAUCAACUUUGCCGAAGCAUGUCAAUUGGAACCCGAUUCGAUUCGCCUCAUCAUGGAAGAUCCAAUCGAAGGUGAGCUCAUUCUAGCUUGGUGA